AUGGCUACAAAUAUACAACAUGAAGAGAUAAAUUUAAGUUUGAAUAACGAUAAGAAGGCAUUUGAAGAUCUUAGUGGAUUUUUUAAUUUGCUAGCUCAAGCCCUGGAAAAAGUGGAUUAAGCUAAUAAGGAAUUGAUCGAAUGUUUGAAAAAGAUUCAAAAAUAACUGAGUUCAGAAAUACCAAAAUUAGCAGAAGUAGUUUCACUGGUAGCAGAGUCAAUGAGUGUAGGUCAGAAAAAGAAUAUGGAAUAUGUUGACUUGAUUAAGAGUAAAAUUAUAUUAAGUUUGAAUGGUCAGCUAGAACAAAUAAAGACUAAGUAGAAAUUGUUGGAUGAUUAUAAAGCUAAGACAGCGAUUGAAGCUGAUAGGGAUUAAAAAAGAAAGAAUACAGAGCCUGCAAAAUAAAAGGAAACAUAUCAAGCUUAUGAACAAGCAAAGAAGGAGAAAAUGUUGGCUGGAUAAACACUUAAUACUUAAUAUUAAAUUUAUAUUAAUGAGAAAAAUCAAGAAUUUUGUUCAAUGUGGAAGCAUUUCCUGAAUAUGCAAAUGUAUUGUUGUGCAGCAGGACUUCAAAGUUUCUCGAAAAGUGCUUAAGAAAUUCAUAAUAGAGAAUAAGAAGUAAAGAAAGAUGCAGAAAUUUUCUUAAGUAAAUUGUUAGGUAAUUAAAGAAGCAAAUGA